GCUGACUACCUCCAAGGACCAAUCAGGAUGGGCGUACCACGCGUGCGGCGAGAACAUAGUUUUCUUCAGAAUUGAUCCCCACGCGCUCUCUUCCCUCCACCUCCAUCUCGUGAUUUCAACACAAAACAAAAUCAAAAUUCCUUUUAACUCCUCCGUCUCCCUCGCACCUCCAUUUCUUCAAACCCUCACAUUGAAAAACCCUAACCCGGUAACAGACCGGACUUCCAACGGAAAAUCUCUUCUCUGAAUCCUUCCAUGGAUUCCCAAUUCGACACGGCCUCGCAACCCGACCCGGCCUCCGACGCCUACACCUUCCUCGAAUUCAACACCCAGGGCGAGUCCGACUUUGACUACCCGGACUUCCGUGAUCCGAUUCGUGCCUGGCCCACCCCCUCUGACUCCUCUGCGGCGGAUCGCUCUGCCUCUGACCACCACUCCGACACCGCUGCGUCUUCCUCUCCCUCUAGCGCUCCGAAAGGUGCUGCUCGAGGUGCGUCUAAUGUCAAUAACAAUAGUAAUAAUAAUAGCAAUAGCAACAGUGGCUCCGUGGUGGAUGCGUUAGCAUCGGGAAUUAGUGGAUUGAAUUUCGAGGAGACGGUGGGGGAUGAUGAUGGCGGGUUUGAGUACGGGAAGGGUGAUUUUGUGGAGCAUGCCUGUCGGUAUUGUGGUGUUUCUAAUCCGGCGUGUGUAGUUCGUUGUAAUGUUCCUUCAUGUAGGAAGUGGUUUUGUAAUUCAAGAGGCAACACCUCAGGCUCGCAUAUUGUUAAUCAUCUGGUGCGAGCAAAACACAAAGAAGUGUGUCUUCAUAAAGAUAGUCCUUUGGGCGAAACAAUCCUUGAAUGCUAUAACUGUGGAUGUCGAAAUGUCUUCCUUCUUGGUUUCAUAUCAGCAAAAACAGAGAGUGUUGUUGUUCUUCUUUGCCGAGAACCUUGCUUGAAUGUUAAUGCUUUGAAGGACAUGAACUGGGACUCGAGUCAGUGGUGUCCUCUCAUUGAUGAUAGGUGCUUUUUGCAGUGGCUUGUUAAGGUUCCAUCUGAACAGGAACAAUUGAGGGCACGCCAGAUCAGUGCUCAACAAAUAAACAAGGUAGAAGAACUUUGGAAGACAAAUCCUGAUGCUUCACUUGAAGAUCUUGAGAAGCCUGGUGUGGAUGAUGAACCUCAGCCUGUUGCUUUGAAGUAUGAAGAUGCAUACCAGUAUCAAAAUGUAUUUGCCCCACUUAUAAAGCUUGAAGCUGACUAUGAUAAAAUGAUGAAAGAAUCUCAAAGCAAGGACAAUGUUACAGUUCGAUGGGACAUUGGGCUAAACAAGAAACGUAUUGCAUACUUUGUAUUUCCAAAGGAAGACAAUGAGUUGCGCCUGGUACCUGGUGAUGAGCUACGGCUUUGUUAUUCAGGAGAUGCAGCUCAUCCAGUCUGGCAGGCAGUUGGGCAUGUGAUUAAGUUAACUGCACAAGAGGAGGUUGCCCUUGAGCUUCGUGCUGGCCAGGGAGUUCCUGUUGAUGUGAACCAUGGGUUCAGUGUUGACUUUGUUUGGAAGAGUACAAGCUUUGAUCGGAUGCAGGGAGCAAUGAAAACAUUUGCAGUUGAUGAGACCAGUGUUAGUGGAUAUAUUUACCAUCACUUAUUGGGCCAUGAAGUUGAGGUUCAGAUGGUUCGUAAUACGCUACCCAGGCGUUUUGGUGCACCUGGUCUUCCUGAACUAAAUGCAUCUCAAGUUUUUGCUGUUAAGAGUGUUCUUCAAAAGCCUAUUAGUUUGAUUCAAGGUCCACCUGGCACUGGAAAAACUGUUACUUCUGCAGCCAUUGUAUAUCACAUGGCCAAGCAGGGCCAGGGGCAAGUUCUGGUUUGUGCUCCAAGUAAUGUGGCUGUUGACCAGUUAGCUGAAAAGAUAAGUGCCACUGGGUUAAAGGUUGUCAGGCUUUGUGCAAAGUCAAGAGAAGCUGUGAGUUCUCCUGUUGAGCAUUUGACCCUUCACUAUCAGGUUCGACAUCUUGACACAUCUGAGAAGAGUGAGCUUCACAAGUUACAACAAUUGAAAGAUGAACAAGGUGAAUUGUCAAGUAGUGAUGAGAAAAAGUACAAAGCAUUGAAGCGUGCAACAGAAAGGGAAAUAUUACAAAGUGCAGAUGUUAUUUGUUGCACUUGUGGCGGUGCUGGUGAUCCAAGAUUGACAAAUUUUAGGUUCCGCCAGGUACUUAUUGAUGAGUCUACUCAAGCAACAGAACCUGAGUGUCUUAUUCCUCUGGUUCUUGGGGCAAAGCAGGUUGUUCUCGUUGGGGAUCAUUGCCAACUUGGCCCUGUCAUUAUGUGCAAGAAAGCAGCUCGUGCUGGGCUUGCCCAGUCUCUUUUUGAGCGCCUUGUUAUACUUGGUUUGAAACCAAUUAGAUUGCAGGUCCAAUACCGUAUGCACCCAUGUCUAUCUGAAUUUCCUUCAAACAGCUUCUACGAGGGCACACUACAGAAUGGAGUGACAGUCAAUGAAAGACAAUCUUCAGGGAUUGAUUUUCCUUGGCCUGUGCCUAAUCGGCCCAUGUUUUUCUAUGUCCAGUUGGGGCAAGAGGAGAUUAGUGCGAGUGGAACAUCAUAUUUAAAUCGAACUGAAGCUGCAAAUGUUGAAAAAAUUGUAACUACAUUUUUGAGGAGUGGAGUAGUCCCUAGUCAGAUUGGGGUUAUAACACCAUAUGAGGGACAAAGGGCCUAUAUUGUAAACUACAUGUCAAGAAAUGGUGCUCUUCGCCAGCAACUUUACAAGGAAAUUGAAGUUGCUAGUGUGGAUUCAUUUCAAGGAAGGGAAAAAGAUUAUAUAAUUUUAUCUUGUGUGCGAAGUAACGAACAUCAGGGCAUUGGGUUUCUAAAUGAUCCUCGCAGGCUUAAUGUUGCCCUAACACGUGCCAGAUAUGGUAUUGUUAUUCUGGGAAACCCUAAAGUUCUUAGCAAACAACCUCUUUGGAAUGGCUUAUUGACACACUACAAGGAGCAUGAGUGCUUGGUAGAAGGACCUCUGAACAAUCUGAAGCAGAGUAUGGUUCAAUUUCAAAAGCCCAAAAAGAUUUAUAAUGACCGGAGGCCAUUCUUUGGAGGUGGGCCUGGGAUUGUGCCCAAUGAUAGCUUUGGUUCUGCUGUUUCAUUGAGCCCCAAUUCUGAUAGAAGAAGUAAUCGUGGUAGGGGUGCUUAUAUGCCACCUGGUCCACCCAAUGGUACUCACAAGGCUGGAGGCCAUCCUGCAGGAUUUGCAAUGCCUCGUGUUCCUCUUCCACCAUUUCCAGGUGGUCCUCCUCAGCCUUAUGCUAUUCCUUCCCGUGGAGCUGUACAUGGGCCAGUUGGAGCUGUUACUCAGGUUCCUCAACCAGGAAGUCGGGGGUUUGGUGCCGGCCGUGGCAAUGCUGGUGCUCCUAUAGGCAGUCAUCUUCAGCACCAGCAAGGCACACAGCAAAAUGUUGGAACAAUAGGAUCUAAUUUUAACUUUCCUGCUCUGGAAAAUCCAAAUAGCCAACCAUCUGUGGGUGGUCCAUUAUCUCAGCCUGGAUUUGCUAAUAAUAUGCCAGUUCAAGGGCCAAGCCAAGCAUUUCGUGAUGGGUUUUCAAUGGGGGGAAUGUCUCAGGACUUUCUAGGUGAUGACUUCAAGAGCCAAGGAUCUCAUGUUCCUUACAAUGUUGCUGACUUUUCCACACAGGCUUCUCAAAGUGGUUUUGCCGUAGAUUAUGUCACUCAAGGAGCACAAGGUGGGUUUCCUGGAAAUUUCUUAAACCAGAAUUCUCAAGCUGGGUAUUCACGUUUUGGUACUGGGAAUGACUUUAUGUCUCAGGACUACAUGACUCAUGGAUCUCAAGGCCUGUUUACUCAGGUUGGCUAUGAUGAUCCCUCCCAAGAUGAUGUGUCUCAGAGUCACUUUGGUGUGGCCAAUGCCAACACCCUUCAGUCUCAGGGACUGAUGAACUCUCUAUACUCUCAGCCAUUUACUCACUACAACACACAGCCACUGAACUUGCAGGCUUCACAACAACAGCCUCAGCAUGGCCAGGGCUCCCAAAACCAGAAACUUCAUUACAAUGGUUAAGACAAAGGAUGCAUUUUGUGUGACGGAUGAUGGGUUAUAGCCUUUGCAUUCAGUGACUUGGUUUAUGCCGCCCUAGUAAUCCUGGCAUGAAGUGCACAACGUAUCCUGAUAUGAAAUGCGCAACGUUUGGUGGUUGAGGUCAGUUUAAUUCUGUCCAUAAACCCUUAAGAGUUGAUUCCAGAUGGUUGGAUUAAAUAUAAUUCAAGGUGAGGUAAUGGCUAUGAGAUCACAAGCAAACAUGGGCAGUGCAUCCAGGCUUGAGAAAGAGAAGGAUAACCCCAAUUGCCUGCUUAAGGUUUUGCAUUAUUAUUUUGAAGGAAGGUAAAGAUCCAAGGGAGCAUUACAUUACAAGGUAUUGUGGAAAGGGUUUGAUGAUGGGGGAAGCCUUGCUCCCCUCUAAAGGGAUAAAAGCCCAUUAUAUACAGAGCAGCAGUUCACCAUUGAAUAUUUUGUACAGCGUGCUGGAGGAAUUCAUUCUUACCCUUUCAGCUCUACCGACAUGUAAUUGUACUCUACGUUGUUUUGCGGUGGGCAACAACGAAAAUAUAUAUUAUUUGAAGCAUGUAGGUGAUGGUCGUGGUACGUAAAAUUAGUGUUGAUUCUUAUGGUUUGCACUCUAAGCAAACUAGGUGGCUUGUUUGUGCUAUAGAUUCAACGUGUGGUAUAAGACAUAUAGAUUGUGAAAUAAAUUGGAUUUUGUUAU